AUGAGCCAGCAAUCUGUCUCCCAAUCUACUGGUAACGAGAAUGCAAGUGUCGGGCCUACCAUUGUAUCCGUGGAAUCCAGGAAUGAACUGAAGAAAGUACUGCAAGAUCUCAACGAGCUCCGAGCAAAACCUACGCCAAUCUAUCUGGAUGCGAUGGGAAUCGCCAAAGACGAGUUAAUCGACCUCCACCUAUUCGUUCCAUCAAACAGAACGCUGUACACGGUCAACGUGAGAAAACUGGGAGAUGUAGCUUUCUCGGCCGUAGGCAACUGUGACAUGUCUCUCGGAGUGCUUCUUGAGAUGACAAAUAUCCCCAAAGUGGGAUUCGACAUCCGCGACAUAUCCCGAGUUUUAUUUCACCAAUUCAACGUGUCGCUAGCUGGAGUUUAUGAUAUACAGCUCACGGAACUAGCAAGUAGAAAGGACGGGCAACAGAAAAAGUACCUAUCGGGACUAGCAAAAUGCAUCGAUCAAGAUGUCUCAAACGGGGAUCCCGACAAAGUCCGGUGGCUCAAUCCCGCUAAUGCAAAAGACCUACGAUUCUACCAAAAGUUCGGCCAUGCACCAUACUGGAUUAUGAAGCGGGUCGAGAUAUUCCCAUCAUUAUUCGAUGUUUACAACACCAAGCUUAGCAGACUGGGCAGUGCAUGCUGGCUGCGCCUUGCAGAACAAGAGUCAGAACAAAGAGUUCAUGACGCUAAAAGGAAAAGCAAGAAGAGAAAGGAGAAAAAGAGCUGGGGUCCAGAGGUCUUCUGGGACGAUCAGCAGAGGCAGACAGCCAAGGACGCCUGGAAGGAAAGCAUUAUGUUAAAUGCGCUGAUGGGGGACAUUGACAUUGGUAACGACGAUCAGUAG